GCGCGGCGCUCGCAUGUGCAAGCUGGUGGCGCGCCGGGGGUGCGCCCCGUUUCCUGCCCGGGCGCCCAAGGGCCCAGGGUCGGCCCCGGCUCCCUGCGUCCCCAGGCCCGGGGGUUGGCGACGGCUGCUCCUUCCGUUCGGCCGCCGGCCCGAUGGAGGAGCCUCCUGGGAAGCCCCUCAGCUGUGAGGAGAAGGAAAAGUUGAAGGAAAAAUUAGCAUUCUUGAAAAGGGAAUACAGCAAGACACUGGCCCGCCUUCAGCGUGCUCAAAGAGCUGAGAAGUUUAAGAAUUCUAUUAAGAAAACAGCGGAAGAACAUGAUUGCUUGCUUCAGCAGGAUACUUUACCACAGCUAAACCACUCAGAAUCUAAAAAUAAAGUAUCUCCUUGUGACACAUUGCAAAUUAGCACUCAUCUGGAUGAAGAAACUGGAGAAAAGACACCUGUCACAUUUGACAUUGAGCCUGAGUCCUUCAACCCUGAACAUGGCUCUGUGGAAGAAUUACAUAUACAAAGAACAGGUGAUAUCCAAGAACAUUUUCCCUACUGGGUCGGUGGCCCUGGUGUUGAGAAAAGGCAGAGUAAGCUGCCAGGGAGAAGAAAAAAGCAGCAGAAAAGAACAUUUACUUCACAGGCAAGAGACUCUUUGUUUGACACAGAUUCACUCAUACUGUCUGGAAAAAGACUAAAGGAACAGGAAGAAAACAAUGGAGAAAAUCCUAGGACACCUAUAACUAAAAGAACUUACCUUUCAAGUUCUAUGUCUGACAUUCCUGGUUCUCCAUCACCAGUGAUGGAAACUAAUGUAAGGGGUAUAUUAAUUCCACCAACUGCCAAACCACAAAGAGAUGUUGAUGCACUCGUAAGAGGAAAUAAUUUCCCCAUGGUGCCUACACUUGCUUCAUUUACUCUAUCGAAUAGCAGUAGCAGUCAUCACCUUGAACAUAAGCCUCCUAAAGAUGACUGGGAACUUAUUACUCACAGUUUAAAAAACAUUAACCCUGCUUCACCUGUAAACCUAGAGGCACAAGUGAAAAAAAUUACGGUCUCUAAAGAUAACCCAGGUAUAAGUGCAAGUGGCCAGCUGCCUCAAAGUCCUGACUUAGAGCCAGAUAAUUCAUGCUCUCCAAAUAAACUCAUUUAUGAUAACUUAUCAGCAGAUGAAAACCAAAACUUAAAAGGACAGAAUCACACAGAAGAGUCUUUAAAAUUUCCCCAUAACACUCUUGAUGGUAGAAAUGAAAGUCUUCAGGAAAAUGAGGUUUUAAGUCAAUCUAAGAGUCUUAGCCCAGAAGUAAUCUCUCCUGCUUCUACAGAAAAUCAAACAUAUUCUUGCACAGUGCUUGAAGGCCUUCUAUUUCCCGCAGAAUAUUAUGUUAGAACAACACGGCGCAUGUCAAAUUGUCAGAGGAAGGUAGCCCUGGAGGCUGUAAUUCAAAGUCAUUUGGGUGUCAGAAAGAAAGAGUUUAAAAAUAAAAGUAAAGACGCAACUAAAAAUUUAAACCUUUGCAGUGAAGAGACUGACCAGAGUGAAAUUAGGACUUCUGACACAUGCACAAAACAAUCAAGUUCAAGAAGAUCUCAAAAACAUCUGUCCUUAACUGAAGUCCACUCUCCCACUGGGCCAACUGAAGAUAACCUUCCCAGGAAAGCAGUUACCCAGCCAUCUGGUGGAAGACACAGAAGAAAAAGAAAGUCAAUCUGCCCACCUGUAUUAGAUCAUCAUGAACUACUUUUGCCAACUCCUAGCACAUCAGGUGUUAAUAGAUCCAAGAAAGAAAUCACCUUACACAAAGAUCAGAAUGAAAAAGUAAUUAUUCAGGGGAAGAAAGAUCACUGUCAAAAAGAAGACUCCCUUUCUUCCAGAAAGAAUGGUUAUCUAGCUUUGGAUUCUGCUGUGUUCAAGGCUUCAUUUCAUGAGAAUGAGAUGCUAAGUUUAAAGCAACUGUCAUCUUUUCUCAAAACCACAGACUUUCAGUUACCUGAUGAAAUCUUUGGACCUCUUAAGCUUGAAAAACUGAAGUCCUAUUCAGAAAAAACAGUUGAGCCUAUUGUAUCGAAAAUGUAUGCACAGAAGCAUCUUAAGGAGGGAAACUGUAUUGUUUUGGAAGAAUUGACUCCUACACAAAUUGAUACUGAAAUGAAGGACUUGGAAGAGGAAAUUCUGGUUCUCCCAGAAAAAGCACAACCUAAAAUGCCAAGCCUAACAAGCCGGUCUCAGAAGAAGGGUCUUUCUUCAUCCAUAUUACUUUUCACUCCUUUAAAUACCAGUGCCCCCGAGAACAGUAACAGGCCGACAGCAGACAUGUGUUCGCCCACUUUCCCCAUCUUAGGCACAACUCCAGCUUUUGGCUCCCAAGCACUCAGUGAAAAAGUGUGCACAGAGACUGUCAGACCAACUUGCUCUACACCCCAACUUCCUCACUUAAAAGACAGUGAUCAUGUGCUCGCUUCGGCAGCACAUACACUAAAAGACAGUGAUCAGAAACAACUCGACAAUUGGACCAACUUGUCAAAACCAGGUGGCACCCUGGUUGUGUCAGGUCGAGAUGGACAGCCUUCCUGUGACUGUGAUUCUGGUCCCCAGGCAACACCUCUUCCCACUGAGUCGGUCCCUUUCAAAGACAACCAGCUGUGUGGAAAUCCCCAGCCGGAGUCAUGGAAACAGUCCACUGAACAGGAACAAUCUGCUUCCCUGACUGAAGUAGCAGAGCUUCCUGCUUGUCAAAGCUCAAACCCAGGCCACCUCCAAUUGGUUUCAAAGUUAAAGAAUCCUUCUGGUUCCUGUUCAGUGGAUGUGAGUGCCAUGUGGUGGGAAAUAGCGGGUUUCAAAGAGCCAUGUAUCAUAACUGCCUGUGAAUAUGUAGUUUCUCUUUGGAAACCUCUCAAUACUUUGCAGUGGGAAAAACUUUAUUCCUGGCACUUUACAGAGGUUCCAGUAUUACAGAUAGUUCCAGUGCCCGAUGUUUGUAAUCUCGUGUGUGUGGCUUUGGGAAAUUUGGAGAUCAGAGAAAUCAGGUCAUUACUUUGCUCCUCUGAUGGUAAACGUGAAAAGCAAGUACUACUGAGUUCUGGAAAUAUAAAAGCUGUGCUUGGCCUGACAGGGAGGAGGCUAGUCAGUAGCAGUGGGACCCUUUGUGACCAACAAGUAGAAAUCAUGACUUUUGCAGAAGAUGGAAGAAGCAAAGAAAAACAAUUUUUGAUGCCCCCUGAAGAGACUGUAUUAACUUUUGCCGAGGUCCAAGGGAUGCAGGAAGCUCUGCUUGGUACUACUAUAAUGAACAACAUUGUUAUUUGGAAUUUAAAGACUGGUCAGCUCCUGAAAAAGAUGCACAUUGGUGAUCGCUACCAAGCUUCAGUUUGUCGCAAAGCCUAUUCUGAAAUGGGGCUCCUGUUUGUUGUUCUGAGUCAUCCUUGUGCCAAAGAGAGUGAGCUGUUGGGAAGCCCUGUGUUUCAGCUGAUCGUGAUUAACCCUAAGACAACUCUGAGUGUGGGGGUGAUGCUGUACUGUCUUCCUCAAGGGCAGGCUGGAAGGUUCCUGGAGGGGGACGUGAAAGAUCAUUUUGCAGCCGCAGUGUUGACUUCUGGAACAAUUGCCAUUUGGGACCUACUUCUGGGUCAUUGUACCGCUCUCCUCCCACCUAUCUCUGACCAGCAUUGGUCCUUUGUUAAAUGGUCAGGUACAGAUUCUCAUUUGCUGGCUGGACAAAAAGAUGGAAAUAUAUUUGUAUACCGCUACUGAUAUGAAAACACAGCGUUCUGGAUUUUUUUUUUUUUUGACCAAUUAGUAUUUUUUAGAGUUGUAGCUAUAAAGGAUAUCUGGGUGACAUUUAAACUAAUUACUUGUAUUCAUUCAGACACAUCUUUUUAUUCUGAUGGUAGUGGCACCACUGAUCUUGAAUGUUCAUUUAUACUUUGGGAGAAAUGAUUUUAGGUCAAUUUUUGUAAUUCCUCAUGUCUGCACAAUUGCUUUUAAAGGUGUACAUAAAGCUUCCGA